ACACAUACAUACACACAUAUACCAACCGAUACGUACAGACACCAACAUAUCCAUCCAUUCAUUCAUUUAUUGCGAAAGAAGAAAUAUACUAAAUGGGUACAGGGAGGAGAAAAAUUCGUAAUAAAUUUCUUUUGCCAUAAAUUCAAAAAUGAGCAAAUAGCAGACAUUGAAAUGUCGACAAAACGAUCGUUGGCCUGUGAAAACAGCUGUGGUAAUAUUAAAAAGAAAGAGGGAUAG